AUGGUGAGGCUCAAGAGUAGAUACAUUCUAUUUGAAAUACUAUAUCCUAGCCCAGACCCUAGAUUUUCAGAAGAUGAUAGCGAGCCCACAGUGAAGGAUAUUAUGCUUCAACAUCACAAGACAUCACCAGCUAACCUAACAACAAAAUCAAUAGUACAGGAGCUCCGGAAAACGCUGCAGUACAAUUUUGGUGACUACGGUUCGGGCAAGGCUACUAGUCUCUUACAAAUUAAGUACUUUUCGAAUAGGACUUCAACUGGCAUUAUUCGAUGUAGCAGAGAAGAUUACGAACUAGUUGUAACCGCUCUUACGCUUAUGAACAGAAUCGGAGACUUCGAUGGCAUUAUAAUAAAUCCUGUUAAGAUCAGUGGUACCAUCAAAAAAAUCGAACAAUAUGCAAUACGAAGAAACACCAAGCUUCUACGCAUUCUGAACCGCCAAGAUAGUGUUGACAAUUUCGAAACCCUCAUAAGCGAGGACGAAGUAGAAGAUUAG